UCGGUAAAUAGCAAUACUCCAAUAGGUCGCCUUGCUGCGUGGUACAUGUUCGGCGGCGUCCCUCGAACUUCCCCCACCCCAUCCCUCACUUUUCAGCCAGGGGUAUGGGGAAUCAUCAGUAAAAAAUAGUUGGCCGAGUGAUCGUUGUCAACUACACACUGCACUACACAGUCUAUAUCAGACUAUACCGGUAGUCAAUACUAACUCUUCCUGCACGGUAUAAAUGAAUGAACGAGCAGCUAGCCGCCGCACUCGUCCCUAAAACCGAGAAGAGCAGGGGAACAGAAGCUACAGAGGCCCGAAACAUCGGAGUCCCGGUCUCGGUGCAUGUAAUGUCUGCUCAGACUGCAGGAGGUGCCGAUGACAAAAUCUCUCGGGCCGUGGAAAGAGUGAAAUUCGCGCAGCAAGUAUUGCAACUCGCUGAUUCUCUGGACGAAAACGAAUCUCUGGCGGAGGAGGUGAGAGCAGCUGUGGAACAUUCUGACCAGGGUGUGCAUGUGUCUAGUUUCAGCAAGAACGCGGACUUGUUGUACCGCUUAGCACAAGAUGGUCUACGGCAUAACAAUGAUAACCAUGUUCGUGUUGGCGACUGCCUGGAGCGCUUGACGAACGAGACCUACUCGUACGAGUCGAGGGGGGAUGCGCUGGAUCACCUGUACAGAACCUCUGCAGGUGUGGCGGGCAAGCACAAUGAGGCCUUCCCAAUGAUGACUCGGGACCAGAAGCGUCGUGGCCAUGCCAUCAUCAUUAAUACCGAGACAUUCCUUGAUCCUAUGGCAGAUCGGUUGGGGUCGCAAGCAGAUGUCUCGAGGAUACAGAAGCUGGCAGAAUGGCUACAGUUUGAUGUUUCGUGCCAGAAGGACGCCCAGGGUGACCUCCUAGAUGUAUUUAAGUCCAUACUCAAGGGCCUGGAAGCGGACUAUCAGAAAUCAGAUUGGCUAAUGUGCUUCUUCAUGAGUCUUGGUGUGCAAGGCCACCUUCUGUCCAGCAAUGGCAAUCUGGUUUCCAUCCAAGACUUGUAUGGUGCUGCUCAAGAUCCCUUAAUCUGCAAGAGUCUGGCUCUUUCCGAGCUGCCAAAGUUGUUCUUUAUCCAGGGCAGCCGGACACACACACCCGAGCUCUUCACCGUUGUCAGUCAUAGAGCAAAACCACCUGUCCAAAUGCGAGGUCAAAAUAGUGAAAAUACACUGCUGGCAUAUGCCACGCAGGAGGGGCGUGAGGCUCUGCGUUUUCAAUCCCGCAGGGGCUCCCCGUAUUUGUACAUACUUGAUCAGGUGGUACGUGAACUAGCACCCAGGCGAAAGCACUUAGUGGAGAUCUUGACGGAGGUCACGCGUAGAUGUCAGACUAAGGACAUACCAGUAGACACUGAGGAUGGAGUAGUUUCCACAGUGUCUCAGACGCCAUCUACUGAAGCAGCUGUGAGCAAACACAUCUAUCUGAACUGGUCUGAAGAUUAGACUAACUACACGCAGGCAUUGCUCUCUUCUUUCAUUUUGUAACCUUUGGACCUACAGGCCACUUACAAAGUAAGGUACUAAGUAAGGUGGCGGUGAUGGAUACCACCGAAUGAUGACUUUGUCAACUUUACCUGCAUUCCAGAUGUUAGCCUCCGGUCGAGCACGCCAAAUUCAACCAACAAUGGAAAAGUUCAUGAUCUGAACUGUCAGCAGGAGCAAGCAACACCAUGCAUUCAAGACACAGCCUAUCUAUAGCACCAUGUCACCCGUUGGGUGCUCUUGAUCAAACAUUGUUGCAACUUGUUCUGCCAGAUUUGCCUCCAUUGCACCCAGGCACCAUUGACAGUACAAUUGCUGGCUGUAACGUUGGAAUCUUAAUAAUAAUCAUAUGAACAAGUUGCAUAUUGCUCGCAUAAAACAAGUCAUACGGGGUCAUGCAUCUGUCAAUGAUCGUUAGUCUGA